AUGAUGACAACAACUACUACAGUAAUCCCGGACACUGUCAUGCGGACCGGUCUCGCGCCAGCUCCAAACAUCCCGAAUCCAAGGAACGCCGGACGCAAAAAGAGCAACCCGGUCUGGGAAUUCUUCACCGAUCUUCGAACACAUGGCUUGGCUGGGGUACGGUGUCGCUUUUGUCACUGGGUCACAAAUGACCGUAGUCCGACGACCAUGAAAUUUCAUUUAAAACGAAAACAUGAUACUGGACCCGGAGGGUUAUGGGCGAUUUGUGAGGAGAAGAUCAAUUCACAAGCACCAGCCAAUUAUGCGCCUCGGAUGAAGAAACAGCCAGAAGACAUCUUUCUAAAAGCCCUAAGCCAACCAUCCCCAUUCAAUUUCAAUCCAUUCGCGACGGCGGAAAUCAAAAUGGGAGCACCUGAUGAUUUUUUAACAGCACUCAUCGAACAAGCCAAACAAUACGCCCAUUCAAGCACAUCACCAUCCGCAGGAUCAGUUGAAGGAAACGCGUCCAACGAAAAUGAGAGUCUAACCAGUGAUUCUGUCUUUUUGAGCAAGCUAAACAGCUCUUUUCCUGUGGUCUGGGAAUUCUUCACCGAUCUUCGAACACAUGGCUUGGCUGGGGUACGGUGUCGCUUUUGUCACUGGGUCACAAAUGACCGUAGUCCGACGACCAUGAAAUUUCAUUUAAAACGAAAACAUGAUACUGGACCCGGAGGGUUAUGGGCGAUUUGUGAGGAGAAGAUCAAUUCACAAGCACCAGCCAAUUAUGCGCCUCGGAUGAAGAAACAGCCAGAAGACAUCUUUCUAAAAGCCCUAAGCCAACCAUCCCCAUUCAAUUUCAAUCCAUUCGCGACGGCGGAAAUCAAAAUGGGAGCACCUGAUGAUUUUUUAACAGCACUCAUCGAACAAGCCAAACAAUACGCCCAUUCAAGCACAUCACCAUCCGCAGGAUCAGUUGAAGGAAACGCGUCCAACGAAAAUGAGAGUCUAACCAGUGAUUCUGUCUUUUUGAGCAAGCUAAACAGCUCUUUUCCUGUGAAAGAAGAAGAUUCGUCUUCGUCGUCGGUCAGUGGAAGCACUUCAACAUCCACGUCUUCAUCAGAUUUCCAUUUAAGUGAUGGGUCAAGUAUCGCGGCACUCUUGCAAAUCGCAACAGAUUCCGAUUUGAUUUUUACGUUUAAUGCGAGAAAAUCUGGAGAGUACUGUUUCGAGAAUAAUGCCAAAAAUCAUAAAAUGAUCACUCUGACCGAUUGCGGCAACGAAAUCCGAGUGAGCCAACUCGAAAACGACGAGGAGAUUCGUGUGGAAAAUUGGCGGAAAAGCGAUUGGCAACAGUUCACAUGGGCGGUCCGCGGGACUUGUCUUCACUUUUUGAAAGGCACGUCUCCCCAUCCCCGUCGAAAGAAGAGACGUCGGUGUCCAUAUCGAAAAAACGAUAAAGGAAAAAUCAGAUGGCGUCAUAAGCUUCGAAAGUGGAAACGGAGAAAGAAGAGAUUGCGAAAACGAGCGAAGAAUUCGAAAUCGAAAAGUUCGAAAUCCUCCACAAUGACUCCAGAACAAAAGGAGAGAAAAGCCAGAAGAAAGAAAAUCAAGAAACGAAAGAAGCUUCGAAGGAAAAAGGUUCAGAGGAGAAAACAUCGAAUUCGACGACAUUUAUAUGAUUCGAACCGCAAGAAGAUGCCAGAGAAAUCGAAGAAAUUGAAGAAGGAUAUUAUUAUUAUUAUUAUUGCAAGACUUCGUGCCUUAAGACGCGUCAAACGAGUCCGAAUCCUCCAUAAAUACCAACGAGAUCGUGCAUUGAUCUGUUCAGCAAAACGAAAAGCUAUUCAGAAUCUCAACAUGUGCUGGAAACGGGCUAGACAUCGUCGCAAGAAGUAUCAAAGAUACCGUAGACAACUGGAGAAUUUUGCAAAUCGAAAACGAAUCACUCAAUGGAGGAAUUGUCAAAUUCCAAAGGAGAAAAAAGCGGUUCAAGUGCAUUUUGAUCUACCCAAAGCAUCGACUCAGCGGAGAAAAGAGACAAAACGUGUCGAGUAUGAGAGACAGUAUCCGAUUAAAGUAGCUAUCAAUGCUGUCGAAAUGAAAAGUGAACAAGUUCAUGUGGCGAAUAAAGGAAAAGUUGCAUUGGGCAGUUUGCAGCUCCGUGUUCAAGAGAGCAUUGUUGGUGAUUUUGGACGUGUUCGUGCAAGAAUUCAAUACAUUGGACAUGGGGACCAAGGUUUCUGUGAUGUUCGUUGGCAGUCUCAACUACACGACAAGGGGAACGGAUCAAACGAAGCCCAAAUCCUGGCCAAACUUGCACAUUUGGGAUCUCAAAAUGCCGUGCGAGUGUUGUUCUUUGGCCAGUUUAUGACUCUGCAAUGCACAAUGACGAGUCUAAUUGGCUACGCAAACUUGGGCAUCUGUCCAGCAAGCUUCUCGUUCUUGAAAUCCAACCCGUCUUUGAUUGUUUUCAACAAUUUUCAAUUCGCUCGAACUUUUGAGAGUCUUCGUAAGCAACCAGAGGAUUCAGAAGACCUUCGGAAGCACAGCAGGAAGACGUCACGGGUGCGACGUCUUCCGAAGAAUCUUGUACUUCCUUACAUGUCGAGACGGCAGCAUUUUCGUAUGGUCAAGGGUGCUCCGGAUGAUUAUGAGUCGUGGUUUUAUUUCUGUGCAAGAGUUUUGAAUGAGGGGAAACCUCUGGAAUGGGAGAAAAAAGACGUGCUAAAAGAGAUGGACCACAUGAAAAUGUCGCUUGCAAAAUAUGAAUUCGUCAAGAAAUACAAACAUUCCGACCCAUUGGCAGAUAAGAAGAUGAAACAGAUUCUGGCUUACUGCCUCUCGGCCAACGAGACGAAUGCCAAGAAAUUGGGAUAUUUCGUUGAAAGAGUGAUUCAACAUUGGGUGGAUAAACUGGCGAAUAAUGAAAAACGAGAAGAGCCGUGGUCAUGGAUUGACGAAAAAGAGUCGAAGAAACUUGAAAAAGAAAAGAAGUCGUGGGAGAAUAAGUUGAAAGCAGAGUUUCCGGAGAAAUCGAGAAAGUGUAACUAUUAG